CAGCGGGAACUAGCCAAUCACAGGCUUGGCGUAUUUUACAAACUGGGAGAGCCGCAGCAGCUUAAACCCAGAAAAUCGGCGAAAAAGCUGAGAGGGUAGAGGUGACCCCGAGGGGCUCCUGGAGAGCCGCCAUGACCACCCUCCACGCUAGGAAGAAUCCCCUCCUCCGAGGUGUGUCUCCCACCCCUAGCAAGAUUCCAGUACUCUCUCAAAGAUGCCCAGAUUCUUCUUCAGUCAAGUCGCGCUCUCAGGACCGGGAGAACCAAGAUCCAGGGAGACUAGCUGAGAAGCCACCGCUCAGUACUCAGCGCCCACUCAUCGGCUCAGCAGGUCCCAGAUCGAAAACCCUGCACCACACAGAGAAAUCACAGAAAUUGGGGAUCACUCAGCCUCGAAACCCUUUGGAGGAACUCAAGCCUAGCUGUGGGGAAUCCAAUGUGAGGCUUGUGCCCCACACCCAGACAGAGGCUCCAGGGGCUAUAGAGUUUGUUGCUGACCCUGCAGCCCUGGCCACCAUCCUGUCAGGUGAGGGGGUGAAGAGCUGUCCCCUGGGGCGCCAGUCCAGUCUGGCUCAGAGAGUACUAGUUCGAGGGAGCAAGGGAGGCAACACCCAGAAGGGCCAGAGUGCUAGGUCUUCGGCAUACUUGGCCCCCAGGACCCCCAUCCAUCAAUUAGAUCCUGCCAGGGCUUCCUGCUUCUCAAGACUGGAGGGACCGGGACCCCGAGGCCACACUUUGUGUCCACAGAGGACAGAGGCUCUAAGUCUACCUUCAGGAUCAUCUUCCUCUCAUCCCUCCACUCGCCCCAGUUUACAGGAGCUAAGAAGAGAGACGUGUGACAACAGCAGGACUUCCGCAAGCCAGGCCUCCAGAUUGCUCCUGAAGACCCCAGUUCAGCCUGGAGAACAUAAGGCUGUCCCUCAUUCAGAUGAAGGAGGAAGAGCCCUUCUGGGUCUGGCUCAACGAGUGCCAUUAAGAGGAACUGGAGAAACAAUGCACACCAGAACCUCGUAUUCAUCCUUGAAACGGCUCACCAUUCGUCCGAAAACCCAAUUCACGCCCCUCCGAUCAUUACCCAGAGUUCAGCAAACCCAGUGGCUGAGUGGUCUCUCCCCUCACUCCUCCCCUGAAGAGCCUGCCAUGCCCUGGGAGCAGAUCGCUGUAAGGUUGUUUGACCAGGAGAAUUGUAUCACACUGCAGAAGGGAUCUGGGAAACCCCCUGUGGCAAGCACUUCUGGACCUCACCCCAGCAAAACUCCCAACAUCCAGGAGCUGAAGAUGCAGCGCAUCAGCCUUCUGCAGCAGCUCCUGCGACAGGAGAUAGAGGGGCUGGCAGGGGGCAAAUGUGCCCCUCUUAAUGGAGGCUCUGCCCUAGAGAUGACUGAACUUCAGCCCCCGCUGGCUGACAUUUCUAAAACUCUGAGUGCUCCAGAACACAAUUCUGGAACUUCCCUUCUGGGACUGUCAAAACACUCUGGUGUGACAGAGCCAUGCAUUGCAGAAGAGUGUGAGGAGCCACAGACCCACCUUGCAGAAAAGCAUGGGGAGCCACAGGCCUGUGCUGGGCAGGAGACUAAGGUGGUUCAACCCAGCUCUACCACAGAACCACAGCCCCCCAUGCCAUGCUGCAGAGCUGGGCCAGAGCCACCAGACCCUUGCCUUCCAGCACUGCCUGGAUCCCUUCUGCCCGGUUCUCAAGGACAGGCUGGAUCCCUUGAGGCCUGCCCUAGGAUAGAGCUGGAACCAUCGGCAACCUACUCUCUGGAAGCUAGGAAUCUAGAGUCUAGCCCGAGGCCCUGUUGCAGUCAGGGGUCUCCAGCAACCACCAGCUUGACCUUCUCUUCACAAAGCUCACUCUGUGCCAUCCCCCCUAUCCACUCACUCCAGUCUUUGAGGUCCCCAGCAGGCCAGUCAGGCCCCAACAGUCUGGCUCCUCGAACUCUGGCACUGAGGCAGCGCCUCAAAGCAUGUCUCACCGCCAUCCACUGCUUCCACGAGGCUCGCCUGGAUGACGAGUGUGCCUUCUACACCAGCCGAACCCCACAUCCUGGGCCCACCCGGGUCUGCACCAACCCUGUGGCCACAUUGCUUGAAUGGCAGGAUGCCCUGCGGUUCAUUCCAGUUGGUUCUGUGGUCCCACAGGACUCUCCAUCAUGACUGCAGCCUCCAUGGUCUUCUGUUCUGCUUCACACCCUUCCUUCUUUGCCUUAUUUAUUGUUGUCUGCCCAUUGGACUGGGAGCCAACACCCUUUUAUCCUCUAAUAAAGUUUCUAUAAAUUGUGA